AGCGAGUUGGCUCCAACAGCUACGUGAUAGUAGUUCCGCAGUUAGAGUUUUUACAAAAUCCUCAGUAUAAUGAGUAACUGUAAUGCAUUUGUGGCACUUCCGUAUAUGAUAAUGCUGCUUUAUUGUAGCGUUCGUAUGUCAAUGCAGGAUCGCGCCAAGAACAAUGGUGAUAUUUUUGUGCAACACAAGGAGCAGCGAGAAUGUGUUGCACCAAUUCUUGUCCAAACGAAUGACAGUAUCAGUAAUGAGGGUGCGGAUGUCUUGGAUAUGUGCAAUAGUAGUUUUUCCAUACCAAUGGACUAUAUUGUACAAUUUAAUACGAAUGGCGCCUUAUCAGAGACGGCCGAUAAAACGGGCAUGUGUUUCCUACGCUGCUACUUUGAAAAGAUGGGGCUAAUUAAAGCCUGGCAAUUAAAUAAAGACUUGAUAAUGCAAACUAUGCGGCCUAUAAAAGCUGAUUCAAUUGAGUUUUGUGAGCCAACAGCAAAGAAAGAAGUGAAUGCUUGUGUACGUACUUAUGGAAUCGCAAAAUGUUUGAUGAAACGCGGUUUUGAUGAUACCUGCAAUCAGACUGUUCCACAAAAUAGUUUUAGAGCUUAUUAGAAAUGUUACUUUAUUUAUGACGCAAUAAACUGUUUGCUUAGUAAAUAUACUA